CAGGUCCAAGCCAUCGUCCACCUGGGGGGAUGUCGGGGCCCCAAUCAGGAACAGUACUUCCCGAAAUCCUUUGUCCGCCAGUUCGGGUGUCUGCAGGUGCAGCACGUGAAUACGAUGAGAUCUGGACCCAUGACAACAAGGAAUCUAAAACUGUGGACCACUACCCAAGGUGGCGUGGACAAGAGAGCUAUACGACAC